UAGAUUAUUUCGGCUCACUGGGAUCCUGUGUUGUGGGGAAACGAAAUAGCAAUGGAUAUAAAAAUGGGACCACGUUGUCCCUUUGGACUCAGACCAACCCUAUCCCUCUCUCUCUAGACAUAAUGCGAGAUCUACCCAUCGAAAUUAUCAACGCUGUCGUUGAGAAUGUUUCCUCCACAAAAGAUCUUCUCCAGUUACGCUGUUUAAACCAGACGUUUCGAGAUCUCGUCACGCCCAUCGCAUUCAGCAAAAUUCACGUGAAAAACAGCAUCCAGAGCGCACAAAACCUCCAGCAGGUUAUCGGUGCCGCACACCUUGCUACCCAUGUUCGGGAAGUCGUCUAUGAUUCUCGUGAUGAUGAAUGUUUCCAAUUUCCCCCGGAGAAUAUCGAUGUGGAGGAUAUGCUUGAAGUCGCUGAGCUUGAAGAAGCCUUGACUGAAGCUUUCUGCGCAAUCGGUGCAUUUCCCAGACUUGAACGCGUCGUCGCGAGUUUUUGGCCAUCGUUUACCUCCCAGUCUGGGAAGGAAAUUCGCGAGAGCCCAUUCUGGUUUACCAGUCGGCAGCUCACGGUUAUCCAUUCCAUAUAUCACGCAAUGGAGACGUCCCGCAUGUCAUCCCUAUCUCUCAACAACGUGGUCAUGAUGCCUGCUUUAUGCUAUGACUUCGUCUCUACCCUCACGAACUCGCCCCUGUCUCAUCUUUCAGUAUCCGUUGUGCCAAACGCUGAUAUCAGUGCCUGGUCGGGUUCAAAGGACAUCAACGGAUCACUUGGCGCACUCCUGCCCCUUUCCAACGCCACACUCAAGUCUCUUGUAUUGCGCAGCCCCCAGGGCCCAUACUACAGCGUCAAAACACAGCUUUCUUCAUUCCAUUAUCCCUCGCUCGAAUCGCUCGUACUCGAAAACAUCAUUCUUGAUCAAACGCCCUCUGCUGAUGGCGUCGAGGAAUUUGUCCUCCGCCACAAGAAUUCCUUGCGACGACUGGAACUGCGAUCGUGUACGAGCUAUGUAGCCAGCCCAUCAGUUGAUGCUAGGCUGUGGUCGAGCAUCUGGGAACGAUGGACUGCAGAACUGACGAGCUUGAGAGAGCUUGUGGUGGACGGCAACAGUGGAUAUGUUGUGCUGGAUCCCGAGUGGGGCUACGUCACGCAUAAAGCGAUCAGCGCCAUGGCAGCUGAGGGUGACUCGUCGAGCUUGCAGAUGUUCCAGGAUGCUAUUGCAGCCGCUCGUCAGGUUAUAGCCUGAAUGAGGGGGGUAUCAUCGAUCAGUAUGUUUGGUUGAUUUAGGUAAUCUCGGAGGACAGUGAACACGUAUAUACCCCUUGCAUAGGACUCAUGUAAAAUUUGCUUAGUAGGAGCAAAUCAGGAAUUGAAGCAAGUCUGAUUAUCAUGACUCCCACGAAGCGCUUCGGAGGUUUUCUUGAUCAGAAACAUGCAGCAUCUGCGUGGGUUUUCUUUCCUUUUCAGCUGACGCGCCCCCAUCAAGACUUUGUCAUGUUUUAAUUAUGCGACGUUAUUGAAAGUCAUAGGGCGAGCGCUCCGUGCAGCGUGGGCAUCACUGUUGCGUUCCAUCAAAGCCCUUUGACAUGAACUCUAGGUCAGUUUUUAAGUUCAUCGCUGUGUAUACUAUAGCCCUAUUUGCCCACUAUCUAGCCCUAUUUACCCACUAUCUUAACGUGUUCUGGCCACGACUUCAUAUUGCAGAAAUCUAGCCUCUUUGACUCGG